ACGGCUGUGGGAGAAACCCUAGGAGGGCUUUUCGAGCAGCUACCCCGGCGGCGAGGCUAUGGCGAUCAGCUUCGACGAUCUUGGUUCCAGUGCCGGGCUCAAGAGUCUCGAUGAGUACCUCCUCAAGCGCAGCUACAUCUCGGGCUGUCAAGCUUCCAGGGAUGAUCUGCUCGUCUACUUGGCUCUAGCAGGCGCUCCAUCCCCCGAUCUCAUCAAUUUGUCGCGCUGGUACUCGCACAUCACCGGAUUGAUCGAAUCCAGCUUCCCUGGAUCUCCAGUCGGGGUGUCUCUCAAAGGUGGUGCUGCCCCAGCUCCAGCAGCUCCAGCUACGCGCGACGUACCUCCACCAGCGCCACAGACUCCGGUCGCUGCAGCGGACGAUGAUGAUCUCGAUCUCUUCGGAGAGGAAACCGAGGAAGAACAGACUGCCGCUGCGGAGAGGGAGGCUAAAGUCAAGGCCUCCGCCAAGAAGAAAGAGUCUGGGAAAUCGUCCGUGCUUAUGGACGUGAAACCAUGGGACGAUGAAACCGACAUGGUGAAGCUCGAGGCGGCUGUGAGGGCCGUGCAAAUGCCCGGGCUCUUGUGGGGUGCUUCCAAGCUUACACCCGUGGGCUAUGGGAUCAAGAAAUUGACGAUCAUGAUGACGGUGGAAGACGAGCUUGUGUCUGUGGACGGUUUGAUCGAGGAGCACUUGACAGAGGGCCCGGCGGCGGAGUACAUCCAGAGCUGUGACAUCGUCGCGUUCAACAAGAUAUGAUCUACUCGGCCAUCUCCUUUUUUUGAUUGUGUUCUUCACUGCGAGAAAGGAAGAACUCUCGUCGUCGUUGUAUUCCCUCCAGCUUUCUACAAUCUUAAAAAGUUUUGUAUGAUCCAUCCAUCGUUCCAAAUAAAAUUGGCGCUACAACGCCAAGGUUGACUA